CUGAAUCCUCUCUUCCUAUCUUCCUCUUUGAUCUAAUUCUUUAAAGAGAGCAUCACAACCAAUCCACAAGCCCUCUCUCUUCAUUCACUCUCCUUUAACACUGUCAGCUGAUUUGAAACUUGUGGAGACAUGUUUUUUCAGGGAGAAGCAGCAACUGAAACAGCACCAGAUGAACGGCAGGGUGAAAAAAAAAUCGGCAGUGAUGAUGACGAUGGAGGAACUGAUUAUGACAAUCCAGGCGAGUGGCUGAAUCUGAGCCUAGGCAGGAAUUUGCUCUCAACAGCUGAAGACCCUGAUCAACAACAAAAACCUGCUCCUACCAAGGUUUUCUCAUGCAACUUCUGCAAGAGAAAGUUCUUCAGUUCACAAGCAUUAGGGGGUCAUCAAAAUGCCCACAAGAGGGAAAGAGGUGCAGCCAGAAGAUAUCAGUCACAUAGGAUGAUGACGAUGAUGGGAUUAGCCAUUAACACUCCCAUUGCCCGAUCACUAAGCGUUCAGCCCCAUUCACUCAUGCACAAGCCAAGCAGAGAUUUAACUGCUAUUGUAGCAAGAUUUAAUGAUGCCAAUACAGGGUUUGGAAUGGCAUGGACACCCUUCACGCUAGAGGACGCAACAGAUUUACCAUGGCCAGGCAGCUUUCGUAUGGAUCCAAAACUACCAGAGCCACCAUCAGAGCCACAGAAACUAGACUUAAAUCUGCGGCUCUGACCCAUCCAUCCUUCAGCCUCAGUUUGGAAUUAAUUUUCCACUCUUUCUAUUGGACUAGCUCUUGAUUUCUUCAUCCAACAGGACAGAAACUAACCAAGGUAGGAUCUGGAGUUCUAAGACUCGACAUCCUGGAUGGUGGUUCUGCCUAGUGAAACUAGAAAUACCAAAUAUUUCCUACAGGUUAUGCAUGUUGGAGCAUGAACAAAGUUGAAGCCUAACCCUGCUUUUCGGUUAUUCUGCUUUUGAUGCCUGAAAUAAAUCCUGGUGCACUACACAUGUGGCAGAGUUUUUAAAGAGUCUUUCUUAUUCUAAUUAUAAAUCUACUUCUAUUGUUUUCUUCUUCUUUUUCUACUUCUAUUCCAUUUUGCUUUAUAUAUGGUUCAAACGACAUUAUGCUGAGAAUUAUUUAAACUCUAAUUAGGUACUUCUCAUGUAUACUCCGUCUACUUGGGCUUUGCCUACUUUUAAUGAAUAAAACUUUUUGGUUGCCCAUAAAAAA